UUUUUCCCUCACUACAUUCACUAAACCUUAAACAACUUUCUAUCGAAAAAACUUUUCUUUUUUUCUCUCAUUGUUGUUAUUUUCUCCUGCCAUUUUUUUUUCAGGAGAAUUCUAAUAACAAAACAAGAUUUCGAUCUAUUGUAAAUCAUAAAAUCUAAGAGAAUUUCAAUUCAAUCCAAUCGUGAAUCGCAAAACUGUCCAAGGUUUUAAUUCCACUGUUCUUUCGAGAAUGGCGUUGAGCAUGACUAACCAGAUGGGGAGCUUGGCCAGCGCGGCGGCGGCGGCGAUGGACUCUUCCCUGAACACCGGCGAUUCGCCGGCGGCGGUGGUGUUGAAGACGCCGGCGGUGGGUAUGAAGUGCAAGGCCGUGAGGACGGAGGGUGUGGAGGGACUGUCGCCGCCGUCGAGUCCGUGCAGGUCGGAUCUGUCGGCGGCGUGUCAGGCCUUCGCGACGGAGGUGGCGGAAGAGAAGGAGUACGGCGUGGGAGCGAAGAAGGGAGAGGGGAGUGGCGUGCCGGUUUUCGUGAUGAUGCCGCUGGACAGCGUGUCGGCGGGGAACACGGUGAAUCGGAAGAAGGCGAUGAACGCGGCGAUGGCGGCGCUGAAGAGCGCCGGAGUGGAAGGGGUGAUGAUGGACGUGUGGUGGGGCCUGGUGGAGAGAGAGAAGCCUGGAGAGUAUAACUGGGGCGGGUACGUGGAACUCAUGGAAAUGGCUAAGAAACAUGGCCUCAAGGUGCAGGCCGUUAUGUCCUUUCAUCAAUGUGGCGGUAACGUAGGAGAUUCUUGCAAUAUUCCCUUGCCAAAAUGGGUUGUGGAGGAGAUUAACAACGAUUCCGAUCUUGCAUACACCGAUCAAUGGGGAAGAAGAAAUUAUGAAUAUGUAUCACUGGGAUGUGAUACUUUGCCUGUGCUCAAGGGUCGAACCCCAGUUCAAUGUUAUGCUGAUUUCAUGCGAGCUUUCCGAGACACUUUCAAGCACCUCCUUGGUGACACUAUAGUGGAAAUCCAAGUUGGGAUGGGACCAGCCGGUGAGCUGCGCUACCCUUCUUACCCGGAGCAAAACGGGACAUGGAAAUUUCCAGGAAUCGGUGCUUUUCAAUGCUUUGACAAGUAUAUGCUGAAAAGCUUAAAAGCUGCUGCUGAAGCUCAGGGCAAGCCAGAAUGGGGAAGCACAGGCCCUACCGAUGCUGGCAACUAUAACAACUGGCCAGAAGACACUCAAUUUUUCCGCAAAGAAGGUGGAGGGUGGGAUGGUCCAUAUGGUGAGUUUUUCCUCACAUGGUACUCUCAGAUGCUGCUGGAGCACGGUGAUAGGAUUCUGACAUCAGCCAAGUCAAUCUUGGACAACACUGGAGUUAAGAUCUCAGUGAAGAUUGCUGGGAUUCACUGGCACUACGGUUCAAGGUCUCAUGCUCCAGAACUCACAGCAGGCUAUUACAACACCCGUUUCCGUGAUGGCUACCUCCCCAUUGCUCAAAUGUUGGCACGCCACGGUGCCGUUUUCAACUUCACCUGCAUCGAGAUGCGCGAUCACGAGCAGCCACAGGACGCCCUCUGUGCUCCAGAGAAACUGGUGAAGCAAGUGGCUCUGGCAACACAGAAGGCGCAGGUACCACUUGCCGGCGAAAAUGCACUGCCACGCUAUGAUGAUUAUGCUCACGAACAGAUCAUACGGGCAUCACAGUCUGGUGACAGAGAGAUGUGUGCCUUCACAUACCUGAGGAUGAACCCUCAUCUGUUUGAAGCAGAUAACUGGAGGAAGUUUGUGGCGUUUGUGAAGAAGAUGAAAGAAGGGAAAGGGGCAAACAAGUGUUGGGAAGAGAUGGAGAGAGAGGCAGAGCAUUUCGUGCAUGUUACACAGCCUCUUGUGCAAGAAGCUGCAGUGCUCAUGCACUGAGAAUUUUGGAACAUGCUUGUGUUGAUGAUGAUGAUGAUAGGGUUUAGAAAACAGUCACUACUAGGCUGUGUGAAAGUUUUAGUGAACAACCAGCCCAGGUUUUUGUGGCUACGAAGAUAUGAAUUUUGUAUUACAUUGUUGUUUUCUAUUGUAUGCACCUAAAACUUCUAUUUCUGUAUCUAAUAUAAAUGGCUAUUCCACUUGUACAAACUGGUUACUUAUCUAUGUACAAUUCAAAGCUUCUUCUUUUUAA